CAGAAGCUGUUCCAGCUGUCUAGAGAGCAAUGCAUGUGAGAGACCACCCCCUCAUCAACACUCACUCUUUGACUGAUUCUUGCACAAUCAGCAGUUCUUUAAAUAUAUAACACUGAAGUCAGGGCAGAGACGAUCUCUUCAGUAGCUGUGCGUUGAUAUCACACCACACCACAUCUGUCAACAUUCAACAAUCCACCAUGACCACGGCGCAGCCGAUCUUCUCAAAGGGUGAAAACUGCAAACAAGUGUGGCACGACGCGAGUGCUGACUACAAUGAGGCCAACACACACUUGGAGAUCAUGGGGAAGCCCGUCAUGGAGCGCUGGGAAACUCCAUAUAUGCACUCUCUUGCAACAGUUGCUGCAUCUAAAGGUGGAAGGGUGCUUGAGAUCGGCUUUGGGAUGGCUAUAGCAGCCACUAAAGUGGAGUCUUUCCCCAUCGAGGAGCACUGGAUCAUCGAGUGCAAUGACGGUGUAUUCCAGAAGCUACAGGAAUGGGCCAAAAGUCAGCCGCAUAAAAUUGUUCCUCUGAAAGGCCUGUGGGAGGAUGUGGCGCCAACCCUACCCCACAAUCACUUUGAUGGUAUUCUUUAUGACACAUACCCUUUGUCAGAGGAGACCUGGCACACGCAUCAGUUCAGCUUUAUCAAGGCUCAUGCUCACAGACUGCUGAAGCCUGGCGGUGUGCUCACAUACUGUAACCUCACUUCCUGGGGCGAGCUGCUGAAAAACAAAUACAACGACAUCGACAAGAUGUUCCAAGAGACACAAGUUCCUCACCUGCUGGAAGCUGGAUUCAAAAAGGAGAAGAUCAGCACCACACUGAUGGACAUCAGUCCUCCCAGUGAAUGCAAAUACUAUUCCUUUAAUAAGAUGAUCACACCAACUAUUGUUAAAUAAGACAAAAACAAACUGUACAUAAAUCGUAAAUCAUUCUACUUUCAAGUAUCUCUGAAAUGGAAUUAUUUAAUUCAUUUAUAAGGGUAAAGUGUAUUAAAUGCUCUCAAGAUGACUAGAAAAAGGUUUUAUAAAUGACUAUUCAUAGUUGUGCUAUUCUUUUUGGAUAGCACUUCAUUAAAAUAAACACUACAUAAUUAAGA